UGGUGCGCUGCUAUAUGGCAAGAGUAGCCUACAGUUCCAAGGAUUUUCGGUGACGCGCAUGACCACUCCAAAUAAGACCUUCGUUUAGUCUGAAUAGCGCCGCACAGUGUAAUAGACACAGUCAUUGAGAAUAACCUACAUCCAAUAUCCCCUGCCAGCCAGCAUACCCCAGACUCUUGUCCGGCUGUAGAUCAACGCGAACAUGGCUCAAGCACUGGAAAUUGCCAGAUGGGACCUGGAAUGUGAGUUCAACAACACAGACCACCGUACGGAGCUCAACGGGGUGGAGCAGCUGAUCGUUAGAAGGGGCCAGCCGUUCACCAUCAACCUGCACCUCCGCUCGGGGGGAUACCAGCCUGGCGGCAGUGCACUCGACCUCACCGUGGAGACAGGUCCCCAGCCCAGUGAUCAGUAUGGCACACGGGCCUCCUUUGGUCUGAUUGACCAAAUCGACACCUCCCGCUGGAGUGCCGCAGUCACCAGUCCCCCCGGGUACAUGGUGUCCCUGUCCAUCUGUUCCCCCCCGGACGCGCCUAUCGGACGCUGGCGCUUGACCCUGGGUCAGGGGGGCUUGGUGGAGUUUGUGCUGCUAUAUAACCCUUGGUGCACAGGCGAUGUGGUGUACAUGGACAGUGAGGAGAAACUGACGGAGUACGUCUUGGCUCAAGAUGGUAUCAUUUACCGAGGCAGCUGGAAAUACCUCAUCCCUACACCUUGGAACUUUGGCCAGUUUGAGGAUGGGAUCCUGGAAGCUUGUCUGAGAAUCCUGGAAAUGAACCCCAAGUGCCUGCGUAACCCUGGGAAAGACGCUUCAGGGAGGAAGAACCCAAUCUAUGUGUCCAGAGUUCUCAGUGCCAUGGUGAACUGUAAUGACGACAAAGGGGUCUUGCUGGGCAGGUGGACCGACGACUAUGACGGUGGGGUGAGCCCCCUGUCAUGGAAGGGCAGUGUGGAGAUCCUGCGGAACUGGGACACAAAUGCCUGUCAACCUGUGCGCUUUGGCCAAUGCUGGGUGUUUGCAGCAGUGGCCUGCUCAGUUUCACGAGCCCUGGGCAUCCCUUGUCGAGUGGUCACCAACUAUAAUUCAGCCCAUGACACCAACAGUAACCUGGUGAUAGAGCGCUAUGUGGAUGAGAACGGACAACUUGUUCAGAAGUCGAGAGACAUGAUAUGGAACUACCACUGCUGGGUCGAGAACUGGAUGACCAGACCUGACCUUCAACCGGGUUAUGAUGGCUGGCAGGCCAUGGACCCCACACCACAGGAGAAGAGUGAAGGGGUUUACUGCUGCGGCCCUAUCCCACUGAAAGCCAUCAAGGAGGGCGAGCUCACCUGUAAAUAUGAUGCCCCAUUUGUGUUUGCGGAGGUCAACGCUGACGUGCACACCUUUAUGAAGCGCAAAGACGGCAGCACAGAGAAGAUCAUUAGCUCUGUCCAAGUGGGCCUGAAGAUCAGCACGAAGAGUGUGGGCAGUGAUAGGAGAGAGGACAUCACACACCUGUACAAGUACCCUGAGGGUUCUGACGAGGAAAGGGAGGCCUUUACAAAAGCCAACCACCAGAACAAACUUCUGCAGCAGCCAACAAAUGCUGGCCUGCUUAUCGCUAUCAAGGUUUCUGCGGAGAUGAAGAAAGGCUGCGACUUUGACGUGUUCGCCGUGGUUACGAAUAACACACCGAAUGGGAAAAAGUGCCGUCUGGUGUUCGGCUCCAGAGCUGUGUCCUACAACGGAAUUCUGGGAGAGAACUGUGGGUUCAAAGACCUGCUCAACGUAGAGUUGGCACCUGGAGAAGAGAAGCGAGUUCCUCUGAGAAUGAACUAUUCCAAGUAUGCCGAGAACCUCACUGAGGACAAUUUGAUCCGGCUGGCGGCUCUGCUCCUAGACUACGGCACCCGAGAGGCCUACCUUGCUGUGAGGAACGUUGUACUGGAAAAUCCUGAGAUCAAAGUCAGGAUUCUUGGGGAACCCAAAGAGAACCGUAAGCUGGUGGCUGAGAUAACUCUACAGAACCCUCUGCCAGUACCACUGCAGAACUGCUGUUUCACCGUGGAGGGUUCCAAUCUCACCGGAGGACAGAUCAUCACUGAGAAGCUUAACUCCACGGUGGAACCCGGGCAAGAUGCCAAGGUCAAAAUCUACUUCACGCCCACCCACUCAGGCCAACGGAAACUGGUGGUCGACUUUGACAGCAAUAAGCUGUGUCACGUCAAGGGCUACAGGAAUGUCAUCAUCGGCAAGUAGAGGACCCACCCUGAGCCUGCACUCCACAAAACCCAGUGAAGACAAAGACAUAGGGUUGUUUCACAAUCUAUGCAUAUUUCUAUACUCCAAGAUCUCUUUUAUCACAUAUAGAUAAACAAAUUCUCUGUUUGUUAGGAUUAUACAGUGCCUUCGGAAAGUACUCAGACCCCUUGACAUUUUCCAAAUUGUUGCGUUACAGCCUUUUUCUCAUCAAUCUACACACAAUAUCCCAUAAGAACAAAGCGAAAACAGGUUUUUAGAUAUUUUUGUAAAUAAAUGGGGGAAAAAAAAAAUGUAUUUACAUAAGUAUUCAGACCCUUUGCUAUGAGACUCUAAAUUGAGCUCAGGUGCAUCCGGUUUCCAUUGACCAUCCUUGAGAUGUUUCUACACCUUGAUUGAAGUGUACCUGUGUACCUGAGAGAACUUUCCAGAAGGACAACCAUCUCUGCAGCACUCAACCAAUCAGGCCUUUAUGGUAGAGUUGCCAGAAGGAAGCAACUGCUCAGUCAAAGGCACCCAAAGUUUGCCAAAAGGCACCUAUAGACUUUCAGACCAUGAGAAACAAGAUUCUCUGGUCUGACGAAACCAUUUAUUUCAAUGGUGGAAAAAGUAUCAAAAGUAAAAGUACAAAUCAUUUCAAAUUCCUUAUAUAAAGCAAACCAGAUUGCACCAUUUCCUUGUCUUUAUUUACUUAACGGUAAGCAUAGACAUCAUUUGCAAUCAAAGCAUUUGUGUUUAGUGAGCCGCCAGAUCAGAGUCAGUAGCGUUGACAAAGGACUUUCUCUCUUGACAAUUGUGUGAAUUCUAACUCUUUGGCCUGAAUGCCAAGCGUGGAAAAAACAAUUGAAUACUUUUUAGAAUUAGGCUGUAACGUAACAAAAUGUGGAAAAAGUCAAGGGGUCUGAAUACUUUCAAGUAAAAUUCUGAGUAUGUGUAAAUAUACUUGGCAAAUAAAGGAGUUUCUGAUUAUAACAUUUUUGCAUGCAAAGCUUUGAAAUAUAGGACUUUUGUAUUUUUGCAUAUAAACCUUUCAUCGGUGAUUGUACAAUGAAGAGCAACAUUACCAAAUGUGGCUUGCUAUCAGUAAUCCUUUGGCAAAUACUGAGCAUUUUGUUAGUGAGGUCAAAAGGUUCACUUCCAUCUUCUUGACAAAAAUGAAAUAGUAAGACAUUGGCAGAACCUAGAGAUUAUUGGAAGAAGCCAGAGAUACAAAUCAUUCCACAAAACUGAUUCAAGACAUGAGAACGCACAUUGGCUCCAUGUAAAAACUCCCUGUACCUGGAAACGAGUCCCGUCCAUAGUAGAAUUCAUCUUGAUGAACACUUAGCACACCAUGGAAUUAUUUAUAUAACUAGUCCCUUCACAUUGAACAAUCCACAGGUAUACUACCGUUCAAAAGUUUGGGGUCACUUAGAAAUGUCCUUGUUUUCCAUGAAAAUAUACAUGAAAUUAGUUUCAAUAUGAAUAGGAAAUAUAGUGAAGACGUUGAGAAGGUUAUAAAUAAUGAUUUUUAAUUGAAAUAAUAAUUGUGUCCUUCAAACUUUGCUUUCGUCAAAGAAUCCUCCAUGUGCAGCAUUUACAGCCUUGCAGACCUUUGGCUUCUAGUUGUCAAUUUGUUGAGUGAAUCUGAAGUGAUUUCACCCCUUGCUUCCUGAAGCACAUCCCACAAGUUGGAUUGGCUUGAUGGACACUUCUUACGUACUAUACGGUCAAGCUGCUCCCACAACAACUCAAUGGGGUUGAGAUCCGGUGACUGUGCUGGCCACUCCAUUAUAGACAGGAUACCAGCUGACUUCUUCUUCCUUAAAUAGUUCUUGCAUAGUUUGGAGCUGUGCUUUAGGUCAUUGUCCUGUUGGAGGAAAUUGGCUCCAAUUAAGCGCCAUCCACGGGGUAUGGCAUGGCUAUGCAAAAUGGAGUGAUAGCCUUCCUUCUUCAAGAUCCCUUUUAUCCUGUGCAAAUCUCCCACUUUACCACCACCAAAGCACCCCCAGACCAUCACAUUGCCUCCACCAUGCUUGACAGAUGGCUUCAAGCACUCCUCCAGCAUUUUUUCAUUUCUUCUGCAUCUCACGGAUGUUCUUUGUGAUCCGAACACCUCAAACAUAGAUUAGUCUGUCCAUAACACUUUUUUCCAAUCUUCCUCUGUCCAGUGUCUGUGUUAUUUUGCCCAUCUUAAUCUUUUAUUUUAUUGGCCAGUCUAAGAUAUGGAUUUUUCUUUGCAACUCUGCCUAGAAGGCCAGCAUCCUGGAGUCGCCUCUUCACUGUUGACAUUGAGACUGGUGUUUUGCGGGUAUUAUUUAAUGAAGCUGUCAGUUAAGGACUUGUGAGGCGUCUGUUUCUCAAACUAGACACUCUAAUGUACUUGUCCUCUUGCGCAGUUGUGCACCGGGGCCUCCCACUCCUCUUUCUAUUCUGGUUAGAGCCCGUUUGCUCUGUUCUGUGAAGGGAGUAGUACACAGCGUUGUACGAGAUCUUCAGUUUCUUGGCGAUUUCUCUCAUGGAAUAGCCUUCAUUUCUCAGAAUAAUAAAAGACCGACAAGUUUCAGAAGAAAGUUGUUUGUUUCUGGCCAUUUUGAGCCUGCAAUUGAAGUCACAAAUGCUGAUGCUCCUGAUACUCAACUGGUCUAAAGAAGGACAGUUUUCAGCUCUGCUAACAUAACUGCAAAAAAGUUUUCUAACGAUCAAUUAGCCUUUUAAAAUGAUAAACUUGGAUAAGCUAACACAACGUGCCAUUGGAACACAGGAGUGCUGGUUGCUGAUAAUGGGCUUCUGUACGCCUACUGUAUGUAGAUAUUCCAUAAAAAAAUCUGUUGUUUCCAGCUAUAAUAGUCAUUUACAACAUUAACAAUGUCUACAUUAUUUCUGAUCAAUUUGAUGUUAUUUUAAUGGACAAAAACAAGAACAUUUCUAAGUGACCACAAACUUUUGAACGGUAGUGUACAACUUAUUGUUUUCCACUGAAUGAUGAUGCCAUGAAGAAUUGGGGUGCCAUUCCGCCAUACUGCCAAUGUGCAUUCUGGUUAAAAAACAGGCCCCCGGCCUUGGUUCAGUUAUUUCAGGGAGGUUUAACCUCAUUGAGAAAAGGUAGUAAUCCAUCAUUUGACAUACCAUGCAAAAUGCUAACGUAAAUCAGAUCCAGGGGGAAAAUGCAAACAAAUGCAAUAAUACAUUUUGAGCAGGACAUCUGGAUGUAAUGGUCUGGUUCUGGUUAGGUUCUGAUAGUUGGUUCUUACAAAUGGACCUUGUGAUAGAAAUAUUAUGUAUUCACCUUAUUUGGUGGAUAUUUCAUUUUUAUUUACUUAACAAACAGUAAGGUAUUUCUGUCCUGCUAAUGUUGAGUUUUAUGGUGUCAACUCCAGCUUCCUGCAGCUAGUCUGGGUGUCAAGUACAUGGGUUUUUACUAGAAAUGGCUUGAAGCUGACAGCUGAUUGAUGUCUCGGGGAUAAGAAACCAAAUAUCCACAUUCCAUUCUAUGAUUAGUGGUGCAUGUGAGACAUAUGUCUCUGGUCUGAUUGAGCCUGCAUUCCAUAGACAAGAUAUGGUGUAUGUUUAGCUGGGAUAGAGAGGAGUAGAACAAAGGCCUCAGUGGUCCUUAGACAUCCUGGCCUGGGAAAUGAGGCCAGGGUCGGGGGGUUAAGAUAACGCCAGGGGCAGAUAAAGACAGGAUGAGCCCAAAGUGGCUCAUGGUGCACCCCCCCUCUGGGAAUGGUGGAGCCAGCCAUGGUUGAAGCAUUUUUAAGUUUGGUAUAUAAAGACACAAUAUUCUCUGUAUGAUUCAAGCACUCGGUCCGACAGUCAAGACUCUUGGGCUGACGGUUUCAUUAUUGCAAUAAUUAAUCAAUAUUAAAUAAAGAUGAUUAUUUGAAGAAAUUA